CAAGAAGAAGGAGAAGAGGAUGAAGAAGAAGAAGAAGAAGAAGAAGGAGAAGAGGAUGAAGGAGAAGAGGAUGAAGAAGAAGUAGAAGAAGAAGAAGAAGAAGAAGAAGAAGAAGAAGAAGAAGAAGAAGAAGAAGAAGGAGAAGAGGAUGAAGAAGAAGAAGAAGAAGAAGAAGAAGAGGAUGAAGAAGAAGAAGAAGAAGAAGGAGAAGAGAAUGAAGAAGGAGAAGAGAAUGAAGAAGGAGAAGAAGAAGGAGAAGAGGAUGAAGAAGAAGAAGAAGAAGAAGGAGAAGAGGAUGAAGGAGAAGAGGAUGAAGAAGAAGUAGAAGAAGAAGAAGAAGAAGAAGAAGAAGAAGAAGAAGAAGGAGAAGAGGAUGAAGGAGAAGAGGAUGAAGAAGAAGAAGAAGAAGAAGAAGAAGAAGAAGAAGAAGGAGAAUAAGAAGAAGAAGAAGAAGAAGGAGAAGAGGAUGAAGAAGAAGAAGAAGAAGGAGAAGAGAAUGAAGAAGAAGAAGAAGAAGAGGAUGAAGAAGAAGAAGAAGAAGAGGAUGAAGAAGAAGAAGAAGAAGAAGAAGAAGAAGAAGAAGAAGAAGGAGAAGAGGAUGAAGAAGAAGAAGAAGAAGAAGAAGAAGAAGAAGAA